UUAACCUCCACCAAGCAGCAUCUCACAGUACUCUCUGACACCAAACUUGCGCGCAAUCCAUAUAUGCUUGGUGCCACCAUCUGUAUGUAUCAGAACUGAGAGAUUCCAUGGCGACGAAAAUAAGAAGUUCCGGCGGAUGCUGGACGUGUCGCCUCCGACGCAAGAAAUGUGACGAGGAACGGCCGCUCUGCAAGGGGUGCCUUGCCCUAGAAAUCGACUGCCUGUACAGCGAGGAGAAACCGGACUGGAUGGAUGGCGGCGAGAAGCAGAAGCAGAGGGCCGAAUGGCUCAAGAAGGAAGUCAAACGCAAGGCUGCCCAUCGGCGCGAGCUCCGCUUCCUCCAGGGCUUGGAGGUCCGGCUCGAAUCUCUCGACGCCUCGCUGACCGAUGACAGCGAUACCCCGGCGCCUAAGAACCUGGUCAACACGGUGCCGGUGUCUGCCCGUCUGUCGGAUUCGUCGACGCCGCGCCAUGGAACCCUUGAUACCACGCCCAACUCGGCGUCUCACGGUGCCACUCCGCCGUCGGAUACUUCUGUGUCCGUGCCGUCUCCAGAUGAUGGGCGCUCCGGCAGACUGCCUUCGCCCAGCUUGGACCUGAGGCCGACCUUGUCCCAGGAGGAGGAAGCGCAUUCCGCCAUGAUGUACCUGGAUUACGUCUUCCCCUUCCUCUUUCCCUAUUAUCGACCUUCGUUUGCCGAUGUCGGUCGGGGAUGGCUUCUGGUCCUUCUCACCAAGAACAAGGCGCUCUUCCACUCUGCUUUGAGCCUGGCGGGCUACUUCUAUGGCAUCGUACUCGGCCAUAUCCAAGACGCGCCCCGGGCGUGUCAUGAUCAUAAUGCGGAAGUACUCCACGAACGACAGGGACUGGCCCUUCAGUGGCUGCAGCUUGAGAUGCAGGACAUCAUCACCCGAGGCGUCAAGGGGAAUCUCCGGGAGGCCAACCGCGUAAUGGCGAGCAUCAUCCAACUCAUGACGUGUGAUGUCGCGAUUGCGAAGCCCGGCAACUGGGUUAUGCAUCUAAGUGCUGCAACGGAGCUCUUCAACGAGAUCAUGAAGCACCAUGCAGCAACACCGCACGGCACAAUUUGUUUCAUGGCCGUGCUUCUUCAGCUCGGGUCGCGCCCUUUUAGCUGGACGCCCAAGAGCCACCCCUGGGGUUCAGACCAGGCCACAUUGCGUUUCUUCACGGCCCAGCUUCUGUUCUUCGAUACGCUGGCCAGCACCGCGCUGCAACAGCCUCCACGGCUGCAACAAUGGCACCAGUAUUUGUUGACAACGCUUGAUGAUGAUGAGGAGACCAGGAGGCACUGGCCGGACAGCGAAAAGGAACAGACACUGCCGCACAUCAACCUCCAAGAAUUCCUCGGCGUGGAGAACUGGGUCAUUGCCUCGAUCGCCGAGAUAGCCACGCUUGACCACUGGAAAAAGGAGAUGAAGCGAGCCGGGUCCUUGUCUUUCACUCAGCUGCUUACACGCGCGGCACCAAUAGCGCAACGCCUGCGAACAUGUCUGCAGGCGCUUGAGGAGACCACCCGCACCGGACAGGGAGGUCCUGCGUCCGUGGAUGGGCCCCAACAUCUCCUGCAGUACUUUGCCGGAAGCUUUUCUCCUCAGCUGAUGCAUGGGGUAACCCUAAACACGCGCAUCUGGGCACAGGCGGCUCUUACCUACCUGAGCCUGGUCCUGUCCGGCUGGCAGCCCUCGUGUCCAGAGAUACAGCACUCGGUCGCGAAGACAAUCGACAUGCUGCAGAGCCUUCCCAGCCCGGACUGCCUGCGGACCCUCGUGUGGCCGUUCACCGUCACCGGCUGCUUGGCGAGCCGUUGUCAGGAGCAGAUAUUCCGGGACAUGGUCGACGGUAUGGGGCCGCUGAAAGUCUUUGGUACGAUCAGGGAAGGGUUUGCCAUCAUGUGCAGGGUGUGGGAGAACAGGGCAGAGAUCGACGAGCAUCCGGACCAGUGGGACCUUGCGGCCUGCCUCAACUGCCUGUCUCAGCCUGCUUUGCUGAUUUGAGUGGGAGUGAGUAAGUGUUAUGAGCAAUUUCCUCCUAGCAACGCCUGUAUGCCGUGCCCAUAGAGCGGAGGUAUGCCCACGACAUGAAAUCAGGUAUGUAUUUCACAUUAUAUUACCUCUGGAUGCAUUGUACCUCGCGCCCUUCCUUACUGACCUAGCUCCAGGUCAUCACCCAGCAUCAGCACUACUACUACACCACAUUGGACGGAUCAUAGGCUGCCUGCGGCCUAUCAAUCACACUGGCCAGUGCUCCCCACCACCCGCUCUGUGCGGGCUCCUCCUUCAGCUGUUGCCGUCCCGCGUUGCCCCUUUGGGCCACUGCCAGUGGUUUCGGCAUCAGUGACUCAUGUGGGCUGUUCAGGAUACCAGAUCCAGUCGGAGAAGGCUGGAGAU